GUUGAGGAAGCGCUGCUCGGGGUCGACGCGCGCCACUCAGCGGUGGAGGCGGAGACGGUUGCGAGGCCUGAUUGGUAACCUUAAUUAUUUUAGAGUUUUACUUCUUAAGAAUUGAGCUUCCAUUCUUUGUGAAAAAAUGGAUUCACUAUGGCUCAGGCAGUUUUCAGUCCUCCUCUGGAAAAAUUUCCACUUAAAGAUGCGGGAGAUGAGUGGUUUGAUUUUGGAAAUGCUCUUGGUAUUUCUGUUCUUUUUAUGGACUUUGACUGUUCGAAAUUAUAGUGAAAAGAAGCUUUAUAAUUCUUCCACUUUUGAUUCCCUUCCCCUGACGCUUCCUUCUUUUCUUGAAAUACCUAACUUGACAUUUGAAUUGGUUUAUGUGCCUUCUGAAAGUGAUGUAGCAAAACGUAUUACUGAGAUGGUGAAAGAGGAUUUAAACUUCGAUUUUAAAGUUCGUGGCUUUUCUUCAGAAACAUCUUUUGAAAAUUAUAUUAGGACUGAAAAUAAUUCUAAUCCUGUGAUGGCUGCUAUCAUAUUUGAUCAUGACUUCAAAAGCAGUGAUGAGAACUUGCCACUUAAGGUAAAAUAUCAUCUGCGUUUUAGUAAGUACUAUUCAACUUCAGAAGAUACAAUACCUGAGAGUGAUAAAAGGACGAAAUGGGACACAGCUCUUCUUUUUCCAAGUACCCCUCCUGAAUUUCAUAGAAACCCCAUGGAAGAUGAUGGGGGAGAGCCUGGAUACUUCAGAGAAGGGUUCCUUACUGUGCAACAUUCCUUAGAUAAGGCCAUCAUGAUAUAUCAUGGUGGUGAAGCUGCAAAACAGAUAUUUGAGAAUACUGAAAUUUACGUUAAGAGAUUUCCAUACCCUGAAUAUUAUCAUGAUGGGUUUAUGUGGCAAUUCAUAAUUAUAUUUCCUUGGACAGCUUUAUUUACAUUCUCUCAAGUUAUACUUAUUGUUGUUGGGACCAUUAUGAUGGAAAAGGAAAAGAGAUUAAAGGAGUACCAGCUCAUGAUAGGACUCAGUAAUGCUAUGCUCUGGUCUUCGUAUUUCAUUACUUUCUUAUUCUUAUAUGCAAUAGUCAUCAUUAUACUUUGUAUACUGUUAUUUUACAAGAUUGUAAAUGAGACAGUUCUCCAACACAGUGACGUGAUGUUACUCUUUGUCUUCUUCCUGUUUUAUGCCAUUGUCUCAAUAAUGUUUGGCUUUAUGAUUUCCACGUUCUUCAAUAAAUCUUCUUUGGCUACUUCUAUUGCAAGUUUCCUCCAUUUUGUCACGUUCCUUCCAUAUUUAGUGUUCCUUAGAAGAUAUAAUGAAAUGAGCCUUAGUGAGAAGCUGGCCAUCUGUCUCAUUACAAAUACUGCAUUAGGUCUGGGAACUGAAAAAAUAUGCAAGCUGGAAAUGAAGGGGUUUGGUGCUAAUUGGGAUAACUUCUACUUAAAAGAAAGCCCAGAUGAUGACUUGACUUUGGCCCACGUUAUGGGAAUGUUUUUAGUUACUGCUUUCCUUUAUGCCCUUGUGACCUGGUAUGUAGAUGCUGUUUUUCCAGGGAAGUAUGGUGUGCCCAAGCCAUGGAACUUUUUCUUGGACAAAUCCUACUGGUGUGGGGAACCACCAUUAGAGAGUGAAGAAAUUAGCGAAAUUUCUGAUAUAUUGCCAAGUGAUUAUAUUGAACCUGAACCUGUUGGUUUAGCGACUGGAAUCAGGAUUCAACACUUGCGGAAGGAAUUCACAUUUGGGGGUGCUACUGUAGUAGCAGUGAAAAACUUGUCUUUGAAUUUCUAUGAGGGACAGAUCUCUGUUCUUCUAGGACCUAAUGGGGCAGGAAAGACCACCACCUUAUCCAUCCUUACAGGUUUCUAUCUUCCUACUAGUGGAAAGGUCUACAUUAGUGGAUAUGACAUCUCAAAGGAGAUGGUUGAAGUCAGGAAACAUCUGGGCUUGUGCCCUCAGGAUGAUAUACUGUUUCCAAAGUUGACAGUAUCAGAACACCUUUAUUUUUACUGUGUGAUAAAAGGAGUACCUUCUCAGAAGCGUACUGAAGAAAUUAACAAAAUGCUGACUGCCUGUGACUUGAUACACAAGCGUAAUGAAUAUUCAGAGAAACUGAGUGGAGGAAUGAAGCGCAAGCUCUCUAUCAUGAUAGCAUUUGUAGGGGGCUCCAAGGUGGUGAUCCUUGAUGAGCCAACAUCAGGCAUGGAUCCAGUUUCAAGGAGAGCCACCUGGAAUCUCAUUCAGCAGCAUAAAGAGGAUCGUACCAUAUUACUGACCACACAUCACAUGGAUGAAGCCGAUAUCCUGGGUGACCGCAUUGCCAUCAUGGUCUUGGGAACCCUGCAAUGCUGUGGCUCUUCCGUUUUCCUGAAAAAAUUAUAUGGUGUGGGAUAUCAUAUAAUCAUGGUGAAGAGUCCUAAUUGUAAUGUUGAAAAAAUCUCUGAAAUGAUUAAACGCCAUGUCCCAACUGCCAGUAUGGAAACCAACAUUGCAGCUGAAUUAUCAUUUAUACUACCCAAGGAGUACACACACAGUUUUGAAGACCUGUUUUUGGAAAUAGAACAAAGAAAGACAGAGCUGGGCAUCGCUGGCUUUGGUAUUUCUAUGACUACCUUGGAAGAAGUUUUCUUCAAGGUCAGUAAUCUGGCAAACUACAAAGUGAAUGAGGAGGCUCUCCAGAUGUCUUCUGAACCAACCACAAAUACAAAUGAAAACAAUCAGAAUGUGAAUGCAUCCAGAAAUUCUGAAAGAUCUGCACCUGACACGAAUAAAAAUUCUGAUACAUCAUUUAAUACUGGGUUGGCUCUUCACAAGCAGCAGUUCCAUGCCAUGCUCUUAAAGCGGGUAGGAUUCAAUCGGCGCAACUGGAAAAUAUUAUUGCUUCAAAUCGGGGCACUUGUGGGUUUCAUGUAUCUUCAGAUGAGAAGAACGACUGUUCCACCAACACUGGAUGAGCCUGCCAGGGAAAUGGAUUUAGGACAAUAUGGUGAAACCAUUGUGCCUUUCUCAGUUUCUGGAAGUUCUAAUUUAACUGAGAAUUUUAAAAAAAAUCUUGAGAUCAUUCUAACGGAUAAGAAACAAAAACUUAAAGAAGUACAAGGUGAUCUGCAGGAAUACUUGGUGAAGAAUAAUGAAUGCCUUUAUUCAUGCAUUAUUGCAUUUUCCAUUGAGAUUACUAAAACCAACAUCACAGCUGUCUUUUGGUUCAACAAUGAAGCUUACCAUUCACCAUCCCUAUCCCUUGCAGUAUUAGACAACAUUAUUUUUAAAAUACUUUCUGGCCCUAAUGCUUCUAUUACAGUCUCCAACAAACCACAGCCUAAAUAUAUUUCUCAUAAGAAAUCUGAGAUAAGAGAAACACCAGGACUCCAGAUAGUCUUCACUUUGAUUUUUGGUAUGAGUAUUUUUGUCAGUGGCUUCUGCCUCCUGACAGUGACUGAGAGAGUUAAUAAAGCAAAACACAUCCAGUUUCUGAGUGGGGUCUACACUUUUAACUUCUGGGUUUCUGCUAUAUUUUGGGAUUUCAUCAUCUACAUUUUUGGCUGCUGCUUACUUCUGGUGGUAUUCAUAAUCACUAGAUCGAAUACAUUGAUCAAGAAUGGGAACAUAAUGCACACAACAUUCAUCUUCAUCCUGUUCGGCUGGUGUGUUAUUCCCUUCACAUACCUGUUAAGUUACUUGUAUUCUAGUAGCACCGGUGCAUACAUUAAGCUCUUCACACUCCAUGAAACUUUAGGCUUUCUAGGUGUUGUUGUGGAUCUUGUAAUAACCAUCAUGGAAGGCUAUAAAGCUGCCAGGAAAAAUGUCAUACUUAAUAUGUUGACACUGAUACCUAUGUAUAACUUUGGGAUGAGCAUCCUAAAAUUUUAUGAUCUUGAAGAGACAAAGAAAUUGUGUGCCUCCUUACCAGAAAUGGCUAACACCCCAAGAUGUAGUAAAGAAAAAAUUGGAAUUUCUGUAUAUAGUAUGGAGGAAAAUGGAAUUGGAAAGUAUGUAAUUGCAAUGGCUGUCACAGGAUUUCUUUACAUCCUCUUGAUUUUCCUUCUGGACACCGUCUCAUGGAAUGUGAGAGCCUUAGUGUAUCGCUCUGUUUUAUUUGGCAUCUUCAAGAAAAUUAAUAAGGAAACAGUGUCCAAAGAAUUUUCUGGGGAAUCUGACGAUGAAGAUGUACAAAAUGAGAGACAGAGAAUCGUGGAGCAGCCUCUUGAAUCACUGAAUUCCACAGUGGUUAUUAAAGAACUCACCAAGAUAUAUUUUCAAUGUCCACCCAUUCUGGCUGUGAGAAACAUCUCUGUUGCCAUCCAAGAGGAGGAGUGUUUUGGAUUGCUUGGAUUAAAUGGGGCUGGAAAAACUUCUACCUUCCAAAUUUUGACUGGAGAACAUACUGCUACUUCUGGAGAUGUGUUCAUUAAAGGUUUUAGCAUCACCAAAAAUAUCCUAAAGGUAAGGUCAAAAAUUGGUUAUUGUCCACAGUUUGAUGCCUUGCUGGAUCACAUGACUGUUCAGGAAACGAUGAUAAUGUAUGCCAGGUUGUGGGGGAUCCCUGAGAACAACAUUAACUCUUAUGUGAACGACAUUUUGAAAUUGCUAAAUCUGCAACCCCAUGCUAACAAGCGUACUCAAACUUUGAGUGGAGGAAACAAACGUAGGCUGAGCACUGCUGUUGCCAUAAUGGGAAGACCCUUUGCUGUGUUCCUGGAUGAGCCAUCCACUGGCAUGGACCCAGUAGCCCAGCGCCUGCUCUGGAACAUAGUGACAAAGACACGUGAGAGUGGCAAAGUUAUCAUCUUGACCUCUCACAGUAUGGAGGAAUGUGAGGCUCUCUGUACCAGGCUGGCCAUUAUGGUGCAGGGAAAGUUCAGGUGCCUGGGCAGCCCUCAACACCUCAAGAACAAGUUUGGAGAUGUUUAUACCAUGUUUGUCAAGUUCAAGACUGGUACAGACCAAAAUAUAAUAGAGGAUUUUAAAAUAUUUAUUGCCAGUACUUUCCGAGGUAGUGCCUUGAAGCAGGAGACUCAAGGGGUCCUUAACUUCUAUAUUCCCAGCAAGGAAAAUAGCUGGGGAAAGGUGUUUGGCAUUUUGGAGAAAGCCAAAGAGCAAUUCGAUUUAGAAGACUAUUCAGUCAGUCAGAUAACACUGGAACAAGUCUUCCUGACCUUUGCUAAUGUAGAUAAACCAGCAGGUGGCUCUGAAAAGCAAGCACAAUGA